AAUUUUAAAACAUUUUUUGUGGGGAAAAAGAAAGCGGCUUGUCAGUAAUGAGAUGCGUUCUGAUUUGUGUGUUCUUGACAUCUUGUCCAAAGAAAAAGAAGUUUGGAUUUGAUAAUCAGUGUCUUCUGUUCUUAUUCAACAUUGAAUGAUUCGAUCGCGAUCGUCCAUUGAGAUAGUUUUCAUCUUCCGACCCAAGUUUCCAUCGGCGGCCGUCUUUCCGACCGGUAGCUCUCCGGCCAACUCAACUUCAAAAAGUCCUACUUACUGCAACUACUUGCCCACCGGAACCACCGGCGCCGCCCAUGGCGAACUUCCAUCUCCACUAUCGCCUCUUUCCAGUUGCAGCUUUUUUUCUUCUCCUCUCCUUUCCUCUCUCUUUCAGCCAUUCGCAGUACGGUGAUGGCGAAACCGAUCAAGAUUCUCCAAUCUCUCGCUUUCAACGCUACCUCAGGAUCAAAACCGCUCAUCCAGAUCCCGAUUACGCCUCCGCCGUCGCCUUCCUCAGUUCUCAAGCACUGGAAAUCGGCCUCAAUACGCGGAUACUCGAGUUCGUUCCAGGUAAGCCUCUUCUUCUCGUGACCUGGUAUGGAUCGAACCCUUCUUUGCCUUCGAUUUUACUCAAUUCUCACAUGGACUCUGUCCCCGCCGAGCCUUCUAAGUGGCUUCAUCCUCCAUUCUCCGCUGUCCGAACCUCCGAUGGCAGAAUCUUCGCCCGUGGUUCUCAAGACGACAAGUGUAUAGCCAUCCAGUAUCUCGAAGCCAUUCGGAACCUCAAAAGUCGGAAUUUCAUCCCUGUCCGUACGAUUCACAUCUCGUAUGUACCGGAUGAAGAGAUUGGGGGUUUCGAUGGAGCUGCGAAGUUCGUCCUGUCCCAGGAGUUCAAGGAAUUGAAUGUAGGGUUUAUGAUGGACGAAGGUCAGGCUUCACCGGGAGAUGAGUUUAGGGUUUUCUACGCCGACAGAUCACCAUGGGGAUUGAUAAUCAAGGCUAAAGGAACCCCUGGACAUGGAUCUAGAAUGUACGAUAACAGCGCAAUAGAGAAUUUGAUGAAGAGUGUUGAGAUUGUGAGUAGAUUCAGAGAGAGCCAAUUCGAAAUAGUGAAGGCUGGUGAAGCUGCUAAUUCAGAAGUCAUCUCUGUAAAUCCUGUUUUUGUCAAUGCCGGAAUUCCUUCCCCCACAGGGUUUGUGAUGAACAUGCAACCUUCAGAGGCGGAGGCUGGGUUUGAUCUCAGAUUACCGCCGACCGCCGACCCAGAUGCUAUAAGAAGAAGAAUAGCGGAGGAAUGGGCUCCGGCACGGCGGAACAUGACGUUUCAGAUUAUUGAGAAAGGGCCUAUUAGAGAUUACUUGGGAGGUCCAUUAAUGACGAUGACAAAUGGUUCAAAUCCAUGGUGGUCUGUUUUCAGGACAGCCAUUUCAGAAGCUGGAGGGAAGCUUUCUAAGCCUGAAAUCUUGGCUACCACGACGGAUGCACGAUUCAUGAGACAGCUGAGAAUUCCUGUUCUUGGUUUCUCCCCAAUGAUCAACACUCCCAUCUUAUUGCAUGAUCACAACGAGUUCUUGAGAGAUUCUGUGUUCUUAAGGGGCAUCAAGGUUUAUGAAUCCUUAAUCAGUGCUUUGAGUUCCUUCCAGAAGGAUGUUUCUUCCCAAUAAGUGCUUCCAUGGAUGAACACUGCUCAUCAUUCAGAAAUCUGAUGAGAAUCAACACUGAAAAGUAUAAUACUCGAUUCAGAAGGACAAUUCCAGAGGGCUAGUUUUCUUCCCUCCCAAGUUUCUAUGUAUACACAAGUAAGCUCUCCGUUCACCGACCGUAUCUAUUUGAUCUCUAAACUUUAAACAGUUGUUUAGAAUGUUUCUCAUGGGUCCUUCAAAAACUUUCAUGGAAAAGGUUCAUAUAAAUCUCAUUCAUAUAUGAAACUUUGUAGCAUGUUUGACAUUGAGUUUGAGUAGAUAUUAGUUGAAUAAAACUACUGUGGUUGAGGAACUUAAA